AUGUCAAAGAAUAAUUACAUACACAUCGUAUCAUGGGUUUUAAUUCAAUUACUGAUUAAAAUAAAUUGCCAAAAUGUGCUUUUCAAGCCAACAAAACGAUCCAGUCAUACGUCCACACUUAUUGAUGGUAAUUUGUAUAUCUUAGGUGGUCGAGAUGAACUGUUUACUAGAAGAAUCGGAAAAGAAUUUUUUUAUUUAGACGUCACUGUCCCAUUUAAUACUCAAAAUAUAUUAUGGCAUGAUUUAACAAGCAUUAAUACAGUUCCAGCACAUAUGGCUGCUGCAUCCGUUAAAGGUGGUGUACAUAAUAACACCUUGUUUUUAUAUGUAGGAAUUCCUUAUGAUAAUACUGAAGCAAUGGCUUUAAUUUAUGCAUUUGAUACUCGAAGUUAUUCAUGGGGUAUUCCAAAAAUGUCUGAUGUCACUAUUGGCAGAAAAGAUAACUUAAAAGGCAUUGUUGAUGAUAACGGGAAAAUGUAUUUGUUUGGUGGACAUACUAGCGUUGAUGAUUAUCGAAAUGAUAUGAUAAUUUUCGAUACAUUAAAUUUAGAUUGGAAAAUAGGAAGUUCAAUUAACGCGCCUUCUCCAAGAGCUGUUUUUGGUUCAACCCUCAUCUCCGAUCAUUUAAUUAUUUAUAUUGGUGGCAUUGAUAAUCUUGCUUUAUCGUUAAAUGAGGUAUACAUAUAUGAUACGAUUAAUGAUAAUUGGAGCACAAAGGGACAAUACCUUCCAACAGAAAUUCCUUUUCUGCUGUUCUUGGUAGGAUUGGAUGGACAACGAGUCAUAAUUUUCGGAGGGGCAAAGGAAUACGAAAAUCUUCAAUCUCAGAAUGCGCUUUACGUAUUAAAUUUAAUAAAUUACGAGUGGUACAUUCCAAAAAUUUCUGGAAAAAUUCCGAGUCCCAGACGUUGGCAUGAAGCGAACGUAAUUGGAAAAUAUAUGGUUGUAUCAUUUGGUCGAGGUUAUGAAGAUAAUGAUAUUUUAUUGCUUGAUAUUAGUAAUAAUGAAGAAUAUAUAUGGACAGACAGUUUUGAUCCAACAUUUCCAAUAAUUAGUCCUUCUCCAAAAACUCCAUCAACUGAUCCUUCAAAAGUGCAACCAAACGCUUCUCCAACACAAACAACGCAAUUACAAGUACCAAUUGUGAUUGGUAUAGCGAUAGGAUCAUUAUCUGUUGGAUUUUUUUUAGCACUCGGUGUAUUUUUUUUAUAUAGAUGGAAUAAAAAUAGAAGAGAAAGUGAAAAGGCAAUACCAACUACUGAAAUUGAAGAAGGUAAUGAAGUGGUAAUAAUUCCUACUCAAAAGAUUAAUAAUUAUGAGCAAGGAAUGAUUCCAAAUACACCAGCUUAUAAUAGCGCUUACUACCAUGAGCAGAACAUACUAUCCAUACCAGGGAAUACUUAUGGACAACAAAUGUUACCAAUCUCUCAAAACAAUUAUAAUAUUUAUAAUCAAAAUAAUCAUGAACAGGUAUUACAAAAUUCUAGAAAAGUUUAUAAUCAUGGAAGUGAAACUUAUCCAGGCGCCAAAAUUCAAGGAUAA